ACGUCUAGUGCCCAGUUUUUGUUUUUUUUUAGUUUGGGUUGAAUUACUAACCUAUAUUUGAAUACUCGUUAUAUUUUAACACAUUAUCUAUCUACGUGCUAUUUUUUUAUUGAGUCAUAACGGAAAUUUUGAUUUAUUUCUAUUUUUAACAGCGUAUGAGUAAAACAAGUAUGGUUAGGAAGAAAAUUGAUAACCGAAUUAGGGUUUUGAUCGAAAAUGGAGUUACUUUGGGACAUAGGACUAUGUUUGUCGUCGUGGGAGACAAAGGAAAAGAUCAGGUUGUUAUUCUGCAUCACAUGCUGUCCAAGGCAACUGUAAAAGCAAGACCUUCUGUGCUGUGGUGUUACAAAAAGGAAUUAGGAUUUAGCAGUAACCGGAAGAAACGCAUGAAACAGCUCCAGAAAAAAGUCAAAACAGGUAAACUAAAUGUUAAUGAAGACGAUCCUUUUGAAUUGUUCGUUGCUUCUACCAACAUCCGCUACUGCUACUAUGCUGAAACUCAGAAGAUUCUGGGAAAUACUUACGGAAUGUGUGUUUUACAGGACUUUGAAGCGCUCCAGCCGAACCUCUUGGCGCGUACUAUUGAGACCGUGGAGGGUGGUGGUAUUGUAGUGUUACUGCUUCGGUCCGUCUCAUCACUCAAACAGCUGUACACCAUGUCCAUGGACGUGCACGAGAGAUACCGGACAGAAGCUCACAAGGAAGUCGUUGCUCGAUUCAACGAGAGGUUCCUGUUGUCGCUGUCGUCCUGUGACCGCUGCCUGGUCGUGGAUGACCAGCUGACAGUGUUGCCAAUCUCGUCACAUGUGUUGGAUCUGGAGCCUGUCACCAGGGAAGACGUGGACACACAGUCUAGUCAGGAGUUGGCGACACUGAAGGAGAGUCUACGAGACACGCAGCCUGUCAGCGCUCUGCUCAACUGCUGCAAGACUUUGGACCAGGGCAAAGCUGUAUUGAAGUUCAUCGAGGCAAUAUCAGAGAAGACGCUGAGGUCGACUGUGUCACUAACGGCUGCACGAGGACGAGGCAAGUCUGCCGCACUAGGGCUUUCCGUGGCCGCGGCAGUUGCCUUUGGUUACGCAAACAUCUUUGUAACCUCCCCAUCGCCUGAGAACCUCAAGACUUUUUUUGAAUUUGUCUUCAAAGGGUUCGAUGCCCUCGCUUACCAAGAACACCUCGACUACAGCUUAGUUCAGUCUACGAACCCUGAGUACAACAAGGCUUUGGUUAGAGUGAACAUCUUCAGGGACCAUCGGCAAACGAUACAGUACAUAGCACCGACAGACGCUCACUACUUGAGCCAAGCAGAACUUCUGGUGAUAGACGAAGCAGCCGCUAUCCCUCUGCCCUUCGUCAAAGCGAUGCUUGGCCCCUAUCUUGUGUUCCUCGCUUCCACCAUCAACGGAUAUGAAGGCACAGGCCGCAGUCUGUCAUUGAAGCUUCUGCAGCAACUGCGCACCCAAGCAGCUCCCGUAGGUUCUGCAGCAAUGAAGGCUAAAGACCAGUCCGCAGCAACCGGCCGUUGUCUCCAUGAAAUCGUGCUGGAAGAACCUAUCAGGUAUCGGCCGGGAGACAGUGUAGAGAAGUGGCUUACCGAUCUGUUGUGUCUGGACGCCACGUCUGUACGACUGCUGCAGUCAGGCACACCGCCUCCUGACCUUUGCGACCUCUAUUAUAUCAACAGGGAUACAUUAUUUUGUUACCACAAAGCUUCCGAGGAAUUCCUUCACAGGAUAGUGUCACUCUUUGUGUCUUCACAUUAUAAGAACAGUCCCAACGACCUGCAGAUGAUGUCAGAUGCUCCAGCCCAUCAUCUGUUCUGCCUGUUGGGUCCAAUUCCAGCCGACUCCACUACUCUGCCAGAAGUUCUCUGUGUGAUACAGGUGUGCCUCGAGGGUCAAGUAUCACGAUCGUCCGUCUCCCAAGGACUGUCUCAAGGCAAGCGUGCGUCCGGUGACUUGAUCCCGUGGACGGUCGCACAGCAGUACCAGGACCAGGACUUCCCCUCUUUGGCCGGAGCAAGGGUCGUCAGGAUAGCAACUCAUCCGGACUACCAAAGUAUGGGAUAUGGGACUCGAGCACUGAAUCUGCUCAAAGACUAUUACGAGCUGAAGAUCACGAGUCUUGACGAAUCAGAGCUGCCGUCCGAACACAUUGACAGUGUGCAAGAUGAAGAUGUCGGCCUGCUUGAAGAAACUAUUGAACCACGCAAGUCCCUGCCUCCGUUACUGCUCAAGCUCAGUGAGCGGCCGCCCGAGAGACUCGAUUACCUCGGAGUCUCAUACGGACUUACGACCCCUCUGCUCAAGUUUUGGAAGAGAGCGGGAUUCGUUCCAGUGUACCUCAGACAGACUACAAACGAGCUGACGGGUGAACAUAGCUGUAUCAUGCUAAGCACGUUACAACAGUCGCCGGCUCAGUGGCUUGCCGAGUAUUGGCAGGAUUUCCGACGCAGGUUCGUCUCUCUGCUAGCGUUCCAGUUCCGGACAUUCCCCACGUCGCUGGCGCUCAGUGUAAUCGUCAACAAGGCUGUCAGCGUAACACAGAAGAGUUUAACAAAGCCGGAGAUGGACGUGUUGCUCACCAAGUACGACAUUAAGCGACUGGAGAUGUAUUGCAACAACUUAGUGGACUAUCACUUGGUCGUAGACUUGCUGCCUACGUUGGCGAGACUCUACUUCCUCAACAAGAUGGGCGACGUCCACCUAUCUGCCGUGCAAGCUGCGUUGCUGCUAGGGAUGGGCCUACAACACAAGGUGGUGGACAGUCUGGCCACAGAGCUGGAGCUGCCCGCGUCCCAACUGCUUGGACUGUUCAACCGCAGCCAGCGACGGAUGGUCAGCUUCCUGGUGUCUUUGCUAGAGUCGUCUGUGGCGGAGACGAUGACGACGGCUCCGGCCGGGACUGUGGAGAGACUCAAUCCUGUACAAGAGAGUCUGAGUCAUGAACUGGACUCUGCAGCUCAGGAAUUGAAGAAAAAACAAGACGAAGAGUUGAAGAAACUGAAGAAACAGAACCUGAGUCAGUACGCCAUCAAAGGUUCGGAGGCUGAAUGGGACAAGGCUUUGUCUAAGGGUUCAAAAAACUUGAUAUCUGUCAAGAGUGGUGUGAAGAGGCCACUUCCGUCCGAAGAACCUGUGGAAGACCCGGAACCCCCUCAAGAUUACAAAAAGAAAAAGAAGAAGAAAAACAAGAACAAAAACUCUCUUCUUAGUUAGUUUUAGCAAUAAACAUUUUAUUUUAAAA